CACUCAGGUUCUCGCUUUGAACAGCAAACCGGACCCCCCCUGACACCAUGUGCCAUUGCAGCAACUACUGCGGAGGCCUGGGCUACGGCUGCGGAGGCUUCGGCGGCCUGGGCUUCGGCCGUGGCUGUGGAUGCGGCGGCUUCCGCAGGCUGCGCUUCGGCUCUGGCUUUGGAGGCUACGGGUGUGGCUCUGGUUUCGGAAGCUUUGGCUGUGGCUGCUGUCACCGUCCAGUGUUCUUUAGAAGAUGUGGUUUCUCCAGUUUCUUUUAAACUCUGGCUGUAGUAACCCAUUUGCUACCAUGAGUGGAUUUGACAUAACAUUAUUCAGUCGAUGAAUUGAGAUUAUCCUAGGCCUAUAUAGCAUGAAAAACAAGAAUUUCAGAGAAUUUAUUAUUUAGAAGCAUGUCUGUCACAUGUCUCCUGGCAUUUGUUAGCUUGAACACUAACAGAUGACUUAUGUUGAUGACCAAUAAAUGACCUAACUGGAAAUAAAAAA